GUAGAGCCCAGCUGAAGCAAGACGCCUCACAAACCUAAGUUCCAAGCCAUGCAUCACAUCUGUCUGCAGAUCGUGUGUGUGUGAUGAUCUCCAUAGCGACUUGGGCACUUGAGGCAGAAAUAUGAUCGGCAUCAUCUCCCCCUGUUGUCCAUCGACAUAAAAUGCAGCGUUCUGGAACAUGAGAAAGGCAAUACACUUCCUCCAGUUCUUUGUAACCUGAUAUGAAGUAGACAGACACCUUCUGAAGUUUUGUGCAUGCUGUGCUCUUUUUUUCUUUGCUGCAACAAGAGAAGCCUUUCUUUUAACCUGGUUUCCUUUGAAGAAGGAACUCGGGAAGCUUCAUGGCCUCUCAAGCAGAGUCUCAGGGAAAAACAAACUCAGUCUUUAAGGAUUACCUCCCUGGUUCUUCUGACCUUCUUGAACAGAAUAAGCCUGUUGAACCAAAGAGUCUCUGGAAGCAAACAUCCCACACUCAUAACUUGCCACCUGGUCUCGAGUACCUGAACCAGCUGGACCAGAUAAUUAUUCAUCAGCAAGUGGAGCUUCUUGAAGCCGUACUUGGCACAGAGACCUCCAGCAAAUAUGAGAUAAAAAACCGUUUGGGACAAAGAGUUUACUUUGCAGUAGAAGAAAAUGAUUGCUUUGAUCGCAACUUGUGUUCACCUAUAAGGUCUUUCACCAUAAGGAUCGCGGAUAACACGGGCCGAGAAGUGAUUACAGUGAACAGACCCUUGAGAUGCAACAGCUGCUGCUUCCCCUGCUUCCUGCAAGAGUUAGAAGUUCAGUCCCCACCAGGUAUAACAGCUGGGUACGUUGUACAGAACUGGGACCCUUUUCUGCCAAAGUUUACAAUACAGAAUGAAAGUAAAGAAGAUGUGCUAAAAAUAAUUGGCCCAUAUGCAACUUGUGGCUGUUUUGAAGAUGUUGACUUUGAGGUAAAAACUCUCAACGAGAUGACAACGAUUGGCAAAAUUUCCAAGUACUGGUCUGGAUUUGUGAACAAUGUCUUUACUAACACUGCCAACUUCGGGAUCCAGGUCCCUGUAGAUCUUGAUGUGAGGAUCAAGGCGGUAAUGAUUGGUGCUUGUUUCCUCAUUGAUUUAAUGUUCUUUGAAAACUCUUUGGAUAGAUUAUAACAAGAUGACAGAAGCAAUAAAAUAUGCAGAAUGUGUUUCAAAAUCCCUUGAGCUUUGGACAUGAUUUUGAGCUGCACAAAUCCUUGUUCCUUAUAGGAAAAGAAAGGGAGCUAAUGAUGAUGUUUAUUAAAAUAUGUCUUGUGUAAAUAAUAAUUUCCCACUUACAUUUCAUGUGUUCUGUAGCUAAACACAUACUUUUCACACAGAGAGCUGUUGCUUUGGAACAGUGCUAUUCUCUUCUCUCUCUUUUGAUGUUCCUGCAUGGGAAAUCAUGAAAGAUUAGAUGAAGGCUUGCGGCAUCACUGAUGAAAGUCUAUGCUUAGAGCAGCCUUUGAUAUUUUGCAAGUGCUGGUACCAGUUACUAACCACAUGAGGAGGGUGUGUUCUGGAGGCUUUGCUUUUUCAUAAUUUUAGAAGUAAUUUUCUGAUUUGUUAUUUAAUUAAUAGUAACAAACUGAGAUUUAAAGUAACAAAUACGCAGAUGGUACCCAAUGGGAACUUAAAAAUGUUAUUUGUUUCACUGAAUUGAAAGAAGGGAAGAGGUGCU